AUGCGUGGAGACGCUCGUAUACGCUGGGUAUACUUUAUGCUAGGGGCCGCUACUCUACUAUCAUGGAACGCCAUGAUCAAUGCGAAUCCAUUCUUCAUGUCGCGACUGUCGGGUUCACCACUGAGAACGUCAUUUAGUUCGUACUUGUCCAGCGUGUUUACCGCCAGCAACGUGAUUACAUUGGGACAUGCGACUAUGACCUCGAAACAAGUGGUUCCAUUCUUCUACUUCAUCAUGAUAAGCACGUUCUGCUUGUCGGGCUGCGCGUCUUAUCUAUCGAACUCGGUAUUUGCCGGCGCUGCACUCUUUGGCGCACCUUAUAUGCAAUCGAUGAUCGUGCAAGUCAUCAGCUCCGCCAUCUCAGUUUGGGGAACCACUCCACUGGAUCUAGCUAUCAGUGAUACCGAUCCUGACGGUAAAGCUGAGGAGAAAUCUGCGCGUAUAUUCUUUGGAAUUUCCGCGUUGUAUAUGAUUGCUACGCUUCUCGCAUAUAGAUGGCUGGCAUCAUUGCAAGUAUAUACGACAACUAUGGGAGCUCUCGAGAAUAACCUCAAGGCUCGAGUUGUCUCGGACGAGGUCGAUGAACGACAACCUCUCCUACCUGCAGUGCCCCCAGGCGCAGUUGAAGGGAACCCGAUUUUCCGUGUUUUCCAGGCGAAUUUUAUUUAUAAUUUUUCUGUGGGAUUUGUUUUCACUGUAACUUUGUGCUGUACACUUUUUGGUGUUCAGUUCGGUGACCUUUUAGGACGACACAUGUGUUCCUUCCCACGACUCAUAAUCUGGUCGGCUCGACGUGUUUUGGCUCUAACUCUCCUUCGGAUCCUGUUUAUCCCUGCGUUCCUUCUAUGCAAUGUGGAACUUUCACUCCAUGUCACGCCGUUUAUCAACUCUGACUUGGUCUAUAUACUACUCCUGUUCGCUCUGGGCGUGUCGAACGGUUAUAUGUCUACUUUAUGCAUGUUAGGCGCGCCGUCGUUGGAACACAACAGGAGAUUGAAGGGUCGACAGGAAGAUGUUGAUGUUGCUAGCACUGUCGCAGCUUUCUGCCUGAUUGUGGGAUUAGCAGUUGGUGGAUUUGCGAGCUUUGGAGUAAGGGCUAUUAUCUGCAACUGCGACCCAUUCAUGUCCUAG